UAGUUGCUGGGAUUUGAACUCAGGACCUCUGGAAGAGCAGUCGGUGCUCUUAACCACUGAGCCAUCUCUCCAGCCCUGCAUUUAAUUUUAAACUUACUAUUUUGUGGAAGUCUCAGUGGCAGUUGCUGGCCUGUUCUGUUUUGUGUUAUAGGUGCAGAAUAGGUUUCAAAAGGGGAAGAAGCAAGCUCAGGGGUUUGAGAUUAAGAAAAUUUUGGGGAGCUCAAUAGUGGUAGUGUCAAAUAUCAAAGCAUAGAUAAAUAGCAACAUAUUGACACUGAACUGACCUCAGUAUCUUAGCCCCAUAUGGUGGCACACGUCUAUAAUCCCAGCACUUGGGAGGCAGAGGCAACUGGAUCUCAUGAGUUUUAGGUCAGCCUGGUCUACAAAGUGACUUUGGGGCCAACCAGAGCUAUCUAACAUAACACCUUUUCUCAAAAAGACAUUGGCUGUCAUAGUAUAUGUAGUUCUUGGUAAUAAGAAUAAUUGUUAACCCAGGAUUCAUCAGUUAAGAGCACUUGCUGCACUCUACAGGACGAAUUGGGUCCCCAGCAGCACAUCCUGUGCCUCACACCUACCUGUAACUCCAGUUCAACUUCUAGGGGACAGCUUCAUACUCCUGGCAUAGAUGUGUGGGUACACGCAUGCACACGCACACACACACAAAUUUAAAACUUAUUGGCUGAAUGGUUCUGGUUGUACAAAGAAAUUUCUUGGAUUAAAGGGAAAGUUAAAACUUCUAAGGUGUCCAGAGUAAAAUUUAAAAAAAAAAGUGUUUUCUAAAUUCUGAUGAAGUAGUUGAUGAUUAUUGUACUAGACACAGAAGUUUUUUGGUUUUCGAGACAGGGUUUCUCUGUGUAGCCCUGGCUGUCCUGGAACUCACUCUGUAGACCAGGCUGGCCUCGAACUCAGAAAUCUGCCUGCCUCUGCCUCCCAAGUGCUGUGAUUAAAGGCAUGCACCACCACUGCCUGGCUUCACCUUAUUUUUUAGGCUUAAUUUUAGUGUGUGUGUAUAUGUGUGUGUCUGUCUCUGUAUCACAUGUAUAUGUGGGUACAUAUCCCAUGGUAGUAUAUAUGUAGAAUUAGUGCCUUUCAUCCACCUUUAUGGUGAUUAAAUUCAAGGAAUCAGGCUUUUAUGGCAAGCUGUUUUACUCAGUGAAACAUCUUUCAAACCCUGUGUCUUUGUGUUUGAGAGUAUUUUUGCCUGCCUGGUUUUCACUAUGUACCUCAGGGAGGCCUUGAAUUUGGGAUCUUCCUCCUCAGCCUCAUGUGAGGCUGGGACUAUAGAUGUGAUGUACUGACUCCUCUACCUGCUUCAUGGUCUGGUUGUACAGUUAUAUUGAAGAAGAUGAUAGAUGGUGAAAAACAGUUACUGAUUGUACAGUGCAACGGAAAUAAGUAACUCUGAUCCAGAUAGUUGGACUGAGUUCAGACUUUGUAGUUUUGAAGUAUGACAGUCUGCUAUGUAGCCCAGGAGGGACUUUUGUGAGACAGAGUCUCUCUGUGUAACAAACAACCUUGCAUGUCCUAGAACUCAUAGAAAUCUACCUGCCUCUGCCUCCCGAGUGCUGGGAUUAAAGGCGUGCACCACCACGCCCGGUUUGGGAUAAUUUUAAUCACCAUAGAUGGAGAAAAAAAGAUACUUACAACAAAAGCAAAUGUGCAUCCACCACCUCUUGGACUUGAAUUCUUUUUUUUUUUUUUUUUUUUUUUUUGGUUUUUCGAGACAGGGUUUCUCUGUGUAGCCCUGGCUAUCCUGGAACUCACUUUGUAGACCAAGCUGGCCUCAAACUCAGAAAUCCGCCUGCCUCUGCCUCCCGAGUGCUGGGAUUAAAGGCGUGUGCCACACCACACCCGACUAGAUUUGAAUUCUUAAUCUUUCCAUUGUAGCUUCCUGGUCUCUUGAGUGCUAGUAUUAUAGGCCUGAUAUAGCCAUGCCAGGUUAAGAUAGACUUUUUGUUAGAGAUGGUAUGUAGACUUGGACAGUCUUGAAUUCAUGGUCAGUUUUCCUAUUUCUUUUCUUUUUUCUUUUUUUUUUUCUUUCUGAUUUUUCGAGACAGGGUUUCUCUGUGUAGUCCUGGCUGUCCUGGAACUCACUCUGUAGACCAGGCUGGCCUCUAACUCAGAAAUUCGCCUGCCUCUGCCUCCCAAGUGCUGGGAUUAAAGGUGUGUGCCACCACUGCCCAGCCCAGUUUUUCUAUUUCUGAUUUUUGAGUACUGGUAUUAUAUGCCACCAUGUCUGACUAAGACUGAAUUUUUUUUUAAGACUAUUUGGUUAAAUGGAGAAAAGAUCUACUUCGCAUCUGUACUUAUAUAUGUAAUUUACAUUUUUAUAUUUCUAUAAUCAUUUUAGUUACUUGGAACCUGUCCAGGAUGGGACACUACUAUAAUUCCAUUACUCAUUAUGAGCAGAGACAGGAAGACCUUGAACUCAUAGACAGCCUUAGCUACAUAGUAAACCCCAUCUCAAAGUGAACAGGCUAGGCCUCUCACCUUGCAUUCGUUCCUAGGUCAUACUUUAGAACUUUCCCAAGCACAGGAAGGUUAGGAAGCCUUCCAUUCUCAUAGCUCAGGAGAGUCUGCCAAGGAUGUUGAUAGGAAUUUCUUUAGAAUUCUGUUAGUCACAAGAAUUUGUGUUUGAAUCUUGAUUCCUUUUUGUCUUUCAUUUGCCACAUUACAUCUGAUGAGUAACCACCAGGGAGAAGUAGAGUUUGCCCAUUUUAUAUAUGAAAGCUGUGAGUGUGUGUGUGUCUUAUCAACGAAAUCAGAUAUCACGUAUCAAACCAUUCUAAGUUAUAAGAGAACAUUGACAAAUUUUAGUUAUUAUCAAAGGAAACAUGGUAGAAGAAAAGAGGGCAGAAUAUAGAAAAUAACCUAAAUUAAGGUGAUUUCUCAUUUCAUUUCAGGACAGUUUUUGGAUUAUAACAUUUUAUCUGCAGCUAAGCAUUUAGCUAUAUAAUGGUAACAAGGAAAAUAAAAAUUUCGAGAUAGUGUUUGGUACUCGGGGACAUUAAAUAUGUACUUUUAAGUCUAGGUUAUCUUUACUGAGGUAGAUUACUUUGUCCGUUUAUAAGUUAAAAGCCAGGCAGAGCUAGGCUUGUUGGUGCAUUGCUAUAUAUAAUACAAGCACUUGGGAUAUGAAGGCAGGAGGAUCAGGAGUUCUAGGCCAGCCUGCGAUACAUAGUAAGUUUUAAGUCAGACUUUCAUGACAGCCUACCUUAAAAAAAAAAGUAAAAUAAAUUAAAUGAAAAUAAAACCUAGUCAGGAUAAUCCUACCAAAUGUUUUACUAUAGACAACAAUGUUGUUUAUAGAUAGAGCAAAAUGUUUUUAUAAUGGGAAAAAGAAAAAAGGCUGCCAUGCGGGCGGGGUGGUGCACGCCUUUAAUCCCAGCACUUGGGAGGCAGGCAGAUUUCUGAGUUCGAGGCCAGCCUGGUCUACAGAGUGAGUUCCAGGACAGCCAGGACUAUACAGAGAAACCCUGACUCAAAAAAAUCAAAAAAUCAAAAAAAGAAAAAAGGCUCCCAUCAGGAAUUUGUUUCAAAGACCUGGCAUUGGGGGGGGGGGUACACACUUGUUAUCACAGUACUCAAGAGACUGAAAGAGGAAGAUCAUAACUUUUGAGGCUAGUCUGCACUACAUACCCAGUAUGGCAUUAUCUCAGAGAAGGAGAUAGGGGAGGGACUCUGUGAAGAGGACCAGGAGAAGGGCAGCUAUUGGGAUGUAAAAAUAGUAAAAAGACAGCUAAAUAGCCAGGCCUAGCAGCACAAAUCUGCACAUUUGUAAUCCUCACACUUGGGAGAAAGAGGCAGGUGAAUCAACAUCAGUGCUGGUGAGAUGAAUCAGUGUACAAAGUUGCUGGCCACCAAGCCUGACCCCCGAGGUAAUCCCUAACCCACGUAGUGAAAUGAGAGCUGGCAACUGUUAAGUUUAUGACCUCCCUCCUUCCUGCUAGAAAACAAGUAUAUGGCUAGCCUGGGCUAUGUGAGGCCCUGUCUCAAAAGUAAACAAAACAAUUUGUUUCAGCACUUGCGUGCAAGCGAUUUCUAACAUGAACAUAAAAUAAAAAUACUUUAUUCUUGGAUCUAAGAGUACAACCCUGGUAGAAUAUUUUCCUCAUGUGCAUGGGCCUUGGCUUCUUUUCUAAGGAUUGAAUAAUAGUAAUAAUUUAUUCUGAGAAAUUUUUAGGGUGGGUAAUUAACCCAUUUACCAAAUCACCCACUAAAUGAACACCCAACAUGGCGUUAUGGGAUCACCUGAUUGUAAUUAUUAUACCCUGAUCACUGUCAGAAUAAGUUACCUAAUUGACUAUAGAAGAUCAGGAUAACCUGUAAUUCUCUCUAUGGCCUUGGUCAAUUUUUCAUUUCUAUAUGCCUUAGUAUCUUAAUCUGUGAAAGGAAUGACUUCUGUUAUCCUGAUUAACAUGUAGUACAUUUCAUGAAUUGUUUUUUAAUAUUUUGAGACCAUCUCAUUUUUUACCUCUGACUGGCCUGGACCCCACAGACGUCUUGCUGUCCCAAGGCAUGUCCCAGCUCAUUGUGUGCAAUUUAGUUUGUGAAUGUUUAUAAACAUAAAAUACUUUUAAUUUUCAGUAUAAUUGUAUCUCAACCUCUGUCCCUUUAUAAAAGGUAUAUGAGGAAUAAAAUGAAGAGUAAACAAAAGUUAUUUGAGGUUCAGUUUUGGCUUGAAGAGGCAUAGUCCAUUGUGUAUAUUAAGCCUCUAAAAUCAUACGCCCUUUUUCUUCCUUCCCUUUCCCUUUCCCUUUCCCUUUCCCUUUCCCUUUCCCUUUCCCUUUCCCUUUCCCGUUCCCGUUCCCGUUCCCGUUCCCUUUCCCUUUCCCUUUCCCUUUCCCUUUCCCUUUCCCUUUCCCUUUCCCUUUCCCUUUCCCUUUCCCUUCCUUCCUUCCUUUCUCUUUUUGGAGACAGGGUUUCCCUAUGUAUUUCUGGGGGAGUGCCCUAGAACUCAUUAUGUAGACCAGGCUGCCCUCAGAUUCACAGAUUUGCCCGCUGCUGUCUCUCUAGUGCUAAGAUUAAAGGUGUGCAUCACCAAAAUCCUCCUAAUUAUUUUUUACAAGGCAAUAAAUGAAUGGUUAGAGAUCAGUUAAAAAUACUUUUCAACUUGAAAACUAAUGAGCUAGAUCCAAAUGUGACUUGUAAGCUAAAGCAGGGCACAUUGAAGGCCAGCCUGAAGUACAUAGUGAGUUCUAGGCAAACCUGUUCUACAGACUAAGAUUCUAUCUCAAAAAUAGAUUUUCAUUCACUCCAAUAAAGUAGCAGUCAGAAAGUAACUGGUCUUUUAACCCGUUUUGUGGCUGAGUUCUUUCCAUCUAAACAGUGCAAGUGUCAGAAAUGUGUCCUGCCCAUCACUGAGACUCUACCUUUAUCGUCUGUCUCUUGUCUAACCUGGUGAUCAACAAUAAUGACAUCAGUUUACAAUUUCUCCUCUUGUAUGUUUUCCUCCUAGACAGUAGCAAACUGGCAACAAAUCUCAGGUAGCAAAGUAAAGAAAGAACCUUUCUCUCUUCCCAUAAUUUAUGAAAAUUGUCUUCAAUAAAAAGUCAAAGCCUGGCAGUACAAGGUCUCAAUACUCAGUUAAUUUGGUUAAUGUAUUCACAGAUGAAGCAUUUUGACAUGGACAGUAGCCAGAUGGCACUCUAUCUGGUGGGCAGGAUUGUAUGAUGGCCCCCUGAUAAAUUAAAAGUAUACCUGCUUAGUCUUUUGAUUAGAAUUCAGAAUGCUUGCUGGAUAAAAUUUAAGUGGUGAAAGAAGGAAAGAAAGGAGAAAAUAAAUCAGCAUUAGCAUUACUCAGCUACCUUUUCGGGUUGGAGGAGGGAGAGGGCCUAUUGCUUUACAGGUUGCAGGCCAUCAUUGAGGGAAGUCUGGGCAGGAACCUGGAGCUCAGCCUUCUCUCUUUUUUAGUAAUUAAUUAAUUUAUUUAUUUAUUCACUUGAGAUCCAGUCACACACACUCCCCAAUGGCUCAGCUGUUAAAUGCUAGGCUCACAACCAAAAAUAUAAGAGAUAACAUUUUGUUUUAGUGAUAGGGUCUCACACUGUGGCUCAGGCUUGCUUGGAAAUCACUGUGUAUCCCAGGCUCACUUCAAACAUUGAGUCGUUUUCCUGCUUCAACCUUUUCAAUGUGGAAAUUAUAUACUUGUGAGUCACUGUGCCGUGCAACAAUAGAAUUUCAGUGUAUAACGUUGCCACUUUAUGCUUUUAUUAUUGAGUUAGAUGGUUUACAUCGUCGUCAUCAUCAUCAUCAUGCUGGGGCUCCCAGGACCUCCUGCAUGCUAAGUAGGCAUUGUAGCAAUUAGUUAUACCAAAGACUUAUACCUAGCUUUUUAACUUAAUAGAGUAUCCUGACAAUAUAUCUGUUAUCAUUUAGUAUUCAUCUAAAACCUGAGCUUCGGGGGGCUUUUGUUGUUGUUUGCUGUUUCUGGGGAUGGAAUGCCCAUGCAUAUUGGACAAAUGUUCUACCACUGACUACAGCACCCCUGGUCCUAAAGUCUAGGAUUUGAGGGUUUUUUUUUCCCCUUGGUUUUUCGAGACAGGGUUUCUCUGUGUAGCCUUGGCUGUCUUGGAACUCACUUUGUAGACUAGGCUGACCUCGAACUCAGAGAUCCCCUCUGCCUCCCAAGUGCUGGGAUUAAAGGUGUGUGCCACCACACCCAGACACUUGAGGGUCUUUUUAGUGUGUGUAUGUCUUAUAAUGUUUUGCAGGGGAGGGGUGAGUGAAUUGGGGGGGACAUAGGUGCCACAGCAUGCAUGUAGAAGUUAGAGGGACACUUUGUGGAAUCAGUUACCGUUCUCCCUCCCUUCUUUCUCUCCUUCUGUCCAUCAGUAUAUCUAUCUUCCCUCCCUCCCUCCCUUCCCCCCUCCAUCCCUACCUUCCUGCUUUUACCUAGGAACUGUAGAUUAAACUCAGGGUGCCAGGCCUUUACCUGAUGAGCCAUCUCACCUGACCAACCUAAGUUUAUAGUGGUUGUAUAUGGUUCCAUAUUAUUAUAGUGGUUGUAUAUGGUUCCACAUUACCUUAGUACUGUCUUCUGUUUAAUAUUGUGGCUUUGGUUUUGUUUUAGGGGGUGGUUUUAUUGUUGUUUUGAGACUUGGUUUCUUUGUGUAGCCCUGGAUGUCCUAAAACUAGCUCUGUAAAUCAGACUGGCCUCAAACUCACAGAGACCUACCUGUCUGACUCUGCCUCCUGUGUUCUAAGAUCAAAGUCAUGUGCCAACCACUGCCGGUGAAUAUUCUGGUUAUGUAUAUUUAUGAAUAGCACCUUUUAUGUUAUUUCUGUUACUGACAGUUGAACCCAGGUCCUUGCAUAUGAUAAGCUCACUUUGUAUACUGUUUUUUGUUUGUCUUUUGAGGCAGGGUUUUCCUGUAGUCCUGACUAGCUAGCCUCUAGUUUAGCAGGACUUAGCUAACUUAGCUACUAUGGUGGUUUGAAUGAAAAUGGCUCCCAUAGACUCAUAGGGAGUGAUUGUUGAAGUAGCCUUGUUGAAGUAGGUGUGGCCUUGUUGGAGAAAGUGUGUCACUCUGGGUAUGAGAUUCAGAAGCUCAAGCCAGGCCCAGUGGCUCUUUUCCUGCUGAUCCAAAUGUAGAGCUCUCAGGUUCCUUCUCUAGCACAGUGUCUGCCUGGACGCUGCCAUGCUUUCUGCCAUGAUGAUAACGGACUAAACCUCUGAACUGUAAGCCAGCUGCAGUUAAAUGCUUUUCUUUAUAAGAAUUGCCUUGGUCAUGGUGUCUCUUCACAGCAAUAACCCACUGACUGAGACAGCCAUGAUCUGGUUUUAUUUCCCUGAGUGUAACGUAUCAGUAUUAGUUUUUGUCUUUUGUCCCAUACCUUUACAUGUAUGUGAGUUACAUUGAUUUGUGAUACUGAUCAUUGCCAAAUAAGGUAAAAAUACCAUUUUGUCACAAUGAAACCCAUCACAUUGAAUAGGAAUUUAAAAGUUGUUUUGAUUACAAAUGAGAUUUAAUAGUUUUGCAUAUAUUUUCAAAUCUUUAUUGUACCUAUUUGUAAAUAUUCUGAUUUGCUGUUGCCACAUUCAUCUCUUUCUAGGUAGAAUUAUAAGUGAAUUCGUGACUUUCCUUAAAGCCACUCUUGGACUGGGCUGGUGAAAUGGCUCAGCUGGUAAGAGCACUGACUGCUCUUCCAAAGGUCCUGAGUUCAAAUCCCAGCAACCACAUGGUGGCUCACAACUACCUGUAAUGAGAUCUGACACCCUCUUCUGGAGUGUCUGAAGACAGCUACAGUGUACUCACAUACAUUAAAUAAAUAAAUAAAUAAAUAUUUUUUAAAAAGCCACUGUUGGUUAUGAAAACAUGAUGGAUUAGAAGGAGGUACUACUGAUACAAGAUCCAUUUCUACUUGAGAGCAUUUAAUAUUGGUGUGAAAAACAAGUAAGAUACAAACAGAUUUAGCCAGGGCCUUCCCUAUUAACAUUGUAUUUAUUUAGAGAGUGAGCAUGCUGUAUACACCUGAAUUUUGGAGAUGAGCGAACAACCUUUGGGAGUUGGUUCUCUGCUACCAUGUUGGUCCUAGGCUUGAUGGAAUUGGUCCACUGACCCAUUUUGCCAGCACAGGGCAUUCUAUUUUUAUUAACUUUUUUUUUCCCGGUUUUUCGAGGCAGGGUUUCUCUGUGUAGGCCUGACUGUCCUGGAAUUCUCUAUGUAGCUAGCCUCGAACUCAGAGAUCUGCCUGCCUCUGCCUCCCAAGUGCUGGGAUUAAAGGCAUGUGGCACCACUGCCCGGCUGAUAUUGUUGAUAGUAGUUAGAAAUUGUGAACUUGAUGUCCAGCAACCAGAGUGGGUAUACUGACUCCCACUUGUAAUUCCAGCACUCAGGAGGCUUUGAGUUUGAAACCAAUGCAUGCUAAGUAGUGAGUGAGUAAUAAGACAUUAAGUCCUUUUCCCCAACCUCAAAGUGCAGUAGUGAAGUGCAUAGCUAUAGAGUAGAGAGCUACUGGGCUAAUGAAAUCAAUAGAUAGCUCUCAAAAGAUGAAAUAUUAAUAGCCAAUAAACAUAAAAGUGUCCACUAUCCUCAGCCAUAAAGAAAAUAGAAAUAAAACAGCACUGAGAUACCAUUUCAUAUCAGUCAAAAUGGCCUUUUUUUUUUUUUUUUUUUUUUUUUUUUUGGUUUUUCGAGACAGGGUUUCCCUGGAACUCACUUUGUAGACCAGGCUGGCCUCGAACUCAGAAAUCCACCUGCCUCUGCCUCCCGAGUGCUGGGAUUAAAGGCAUGCGCCACCAUACCUGGCUAAAAAUGGCCAUUUUUAAUGUGUAUUAUUUUCAAUAUUUCCUCUAGAUAAAUUCAUAGACAAAGUUUUUAAGAUGACAGUAUUCAUGUUUAAAGUUUUGUUUUUUUUUUUUAACAUACACUGCCAGGAUACUUUCCAGGACAGUGGGCCAAUUUUAUUCUUCCCGUGGUAACUAUUUAUAUCAAAUAGUUUAUAUCAAUGUUUUUAUUAAUUUGAGAAUAUCAUAUAAUAUAUUUUGACAGUAUUCACCCUUACUCCUUUUACAGAAUGGCUGUUAGUAAAACAAACAAAACAAAACCCUAGCAAAUGUUGAGAAUUGGAGUAUGGAGAGAAGGGAGCCUUCACUUGCUGGUGGGGGAAUGUGAAUUAGUCUAGCCACUAUAGAAACCUGGAGGUUUUUCAGAAAAGUAUACUUUUACUUUUUCUUUUCAUGUAGGGUCUCUUGUGGCCAGAGAUGCUCUUGAAUUCCUUAUCCUCCUGCCUCCACCUCCCAUGUGCUGGGAUGAGCAGCCCGUGCCAGCACACCUCACUUUGUUUAUUUGCCUGUAUGUUUAUUGAAGCAGGUCUCAUUCUGUAGCACAGGUUGGUCUGGAACUCUCUGUAACCCUGCUGGCUGUGAGGUUGUGGCUAUUCUCCUGCCUCUCCCUCCUAAAUGAAGUUAAACACGUGUGCCACUACUGGAUGUCUAGAGACUUUUGAAAUGCCUAUACAUGCUUCUGUAUUCCUAGACCAUUUUUGGAAGGAUACAUAAGAGACUAGUGAGAGUGAUUGAUUGCUUCUAGGAAGGGCCCUGGAGGUUUAAGGUACAGGAGUGGAUAGAUAGAGGUUGAAUUCGUUAGGUGGUUUAUGUCCACUUAAUAGGUGUUUUUAAAGUCAAAGUCACACUGUAAAACAAUUAGUUGUUCUGUACCUUAUUUGAAAAUAGGGUUUUCAUAGAAAAAUCAAUUUAAGAUGAUACCAUCAGAGUGAACUCUAGUUUAUUCUGGCUGCCCUGGCUGUUCUGGAACUCCCUAUGUAAACCAGGUUGGCCUUGAUUUCACAGAUCUGCCUGUCUCUGUCUCCCAAGUGCUAAGCUUAGAGGUAUGUACCACCAUUCCCAGCAAAGCUACUUCUUAAUGUAUUUUUACCACAUCGAGAAAAUAUCCUUCAAAUUUGAAUAUUUUGUUUAUUCAUUGUUUUAAAUAGCACACAAUUAUUAUAAAAGCAUCCAUACAUAAUUAAUAGACCAUAGGAACUUUUGUUUCUUUCUUAUAUUCUUAAAUUUUUGUAUGUAAUUAUAUUUUAUUACUUGUGUGCAUUGUACCAUAAAUAUUAAAGAGUUCUGCCAAAAAGAAAGUAGGUGUUCUAAGUGUGUAUGUGGGGAGUGAUCUAUAAACUAUCAAUGACAGGUAGAUACUACAUAGUUAAUCUUAAUCUUUAUUAUUAUCUUAUAUAUACUAGUGUUUUGUUUGCAUGUGUGUGUAUGGGCACAUGAGUACCUGAUUUCUCCAGAGGCAAGAGGGCUAUUGGAUCCCCUGGAAAUAGAGUUACAUACAGUUGUGAGCUGCCAUAUUGGUGCUAGGAGCUGACCCCAAGUCCUCUGAAAGAACAGCCAGUGAUCUUAAUUGCUAAGUUAUCUCUCAUGCAUCCUAUGUAUGUUUUUUAAGAUGGGGUUUGUGGUAUAAUCCUACUAAAAACCCAUCAAGUCAGGCUAAGGAUAUAGCUCCAUGAUAGAGCACUGGCCCCCAAUAUGAUCCACAGGAGAACAUACACAACAAAAAGAAGAGAAUGCAAAGUCUUUAUGUAAAAACAUAUACUAGGAUUUUGUUUGUGUAAAAUGAUUUUUCUAUCUAAAACAUUAUGGUACUAGAACUCAUUAAAAGAAUAUAAAUGUGUUAGGCAUAGCUUUCUGCAGUCCCAGUUUAUGAAAGGCUGAGGCAGGAGGAUGGUGAGUUUAUUGCUAGCUCUAGACAAACCUGGGCUAACCUCUGAUAAAACCUUGUUUCAACUCUCCCCUUGCUCCCAUAAAAUAAAUAAAUGCACACCAGAAGCUUGAAAUGAUGCUACAGGCCUGUAAUCCUAGCACUUAGAGAGCUAAAGAGGAGGAUGACAAGUUCAGUAGCUUGCCUGGACUACAAAGCAGGGUCAAGGUGAGUCUGCUGAGUGAUAGCUACCCGGUCUCAGACUUUAGAAUGGGCUAGUGAGAUGCCUCAGCAGUUAAAGAAAGCAUUGCUGUGCUAGCCGGCUGAAUCAAGUUCAGUCCCCAGAAGCCGUGCAGAGGUGGGAGGAAGAGCUGACUCCAUCCACAAAGCUCCACUCUGGCUCUGUAUACUCAUGCUCUGGAUUGCGUAUGCCUUUCCCCCAAGUGUGCACAUAAAGUUAAGUUUUGAAGGUAAGUGAAAAUGUUAAAACCCUAAGAUAGGUGAGGAUAUAAUCCAGCCUUCUGUCUCUUUCUUGCCUAGUACUUGUAAGGUUAGUCUCCAGCACCACAAAGCAACAAAAAGCUUACUAAUAUUACAAAUAAGCAGACAAGAAUUCCAGUAAGACUGAAAAGUAGGGCUAUAUUAUGAAAGGAGUCUCAUUAUAGAGGCAAUGAAAUUUACCUUUUAAAACUAUUUAGAGUUGCCAGGAGGUGGUGGGACAUGUAUUCCCAGUGCUCGGAGGCGGGGGCAGGUGGAUGUCUUGAUUUCGAGGCCAUUCUGGUUUGCAGAGUGAGGUCCAGGACAGUCAGGACUGCACAUGGAAACCCAGUCUCUAAAAAUAAAACAAAAAAGAAAAGAAAUAAAAAUGCAACCAGACUAAAGAUGAUGUACGUCUUUAAUCUCAGCACUCAGGAGACAGAGGCAGGUGGAUCUCUGUAUUCAAGACCAGCCAGAGCUACAUAGUAAGACCUUGUCUCAAAAUAAAAUAAAAGAAUAGGGGCCGAUAAGAUAGGUCAGCAGUAAAAUAUGCGUUGUCUGCCAAGUAUCAUGACCUGAGUUCAAUCCCGUGGGCACACAUGAUGAAAGAAGGGAUCUGAUCCCUGCAUGUUGUUCUCUGAUUUCCACAUGCAUGGUGUGGUACAAGCUCCCUGACCUACAAAAUAAAUGAAUAGAACUUUUAAAUAUACAAGAGCCUAGUGUGGAACACAUCCUUAAACCCAGCAGUUAGGAGAUGAUAGUCAAAGGGCCCUGAGUUCAAGGCUGCCCUGGGCUACAUAGGAUGCUGCCCUCCUUCCUCAUUUUUCCUGUUUCCCUCAAAAAUAGAAUAAUAACAACAAUAAAGUAGUAGUAAUACUUGGAAGCAUAAGAGCAGAGAUUGUCACUAGAAUUUAUAUGCCUAAGAAAAAAUUAAUUGGGCUCUGGAAAAAUAAGUUAAAUACACAAGCACUUAGAACAGAAAUGUCAUAGUCCUUUCAGUGUCAUUCUGAAAACACUGUACUCUGCACAGUUUCUACACCAGAGACAACAAAUUGAAACACAACUCAUGUAUCUGGUAAAGGCAACUCUUUUUAGAUUUAAAAUCCACCUUUUAACAAUUGCUAAACAAUUUUAAUAUUUUUAAAGCUUUAUUGAAAUAUAAUUCAACUGCUAUAAAAUUAGUAUACAUAGCUCAGUGCUAGAUCAUUUGCUUAGCAGGCAUGAGACCAUGAGUUUCAUCUCUUGUACCACGAAAGUAAGGAAUGCAUGAAGUCUAUGUGCUGUUUCAUGAUUUUAGUGUGUUCACAGAGUUGGGAAGCUAUCAUCACGAUCUUAAGUUUUAGUCCCACUGCUGCCAACAACACCCAGUUUCCACUUGUACUUACUCCCCAGUUCCAUCCUUUAGUCCUAAACAGCAGCCAAUACAGCACAGUAAGUGGGAGGCCUAUGGUACGUUUGUGGGAGAGCAUCUACAUCUAUAAUAGAAAAGAGAAGUCUAAAGACUUAGAGCAUACCAGUGACUUUCUGUGGUAAAUAAAACAAAGUGAAUCAGUUAAAACACCCACAUACCAUGGCUGUGUGCAUGUGUGGAGGUCAGAAGGCAACCUUGGUUCUCACCUUUCACCUUGUUCAAGGCAGGGUUCUUUCGUUGUUUUCCCACUAUGUGUGCUGGUUAGCUGGUCCCUGAACUUCCAGGGAUUCUACUGUUUCUACCUUUCAUCUCACAAUAGGACCCCUGGGAUUACAGAUGCUUUCCAUAUCUGUCCGUCCAGAGAUUCAAACUCAAGCCAUCACAUUUGGAUGGCAAGCGAUUUUUACCCACUGAGCCAUCUCCCCAGUCAAGUUAAAACCUUUUUUUAUUAUGUAAGUAACAUAAUGUUAUCAAAGUCACUGUUUACUGCUUCUCUAGUCCUCUGUAUAAAAAUCCUAAACAGUAGGUUGUAAGUAGCCUUAAGAUAGGUAGCUCUAAAUAAGUGAAAUAGUAGCUAUAAGAUAGUUACAUUAACUCUCAUUAUUAUCAUUAUUAAGUCUUCCUGACUUAAUCAUGUCUGCAUGAUCUACCAAAAUGUUAACAGAUCUCUUAUGAACAUUUUACAGUAAUCAAACUGCUUAAAGUUCCCAGGUUUUGCCUUUUUUGUUUAAGUGAAAUUUGGUGCUGACCUUGUUCUUGACUUCCAUAUCCACAGUUAGUGCUGAGCACUCCCUUGGGAGUGACAGGCAGGCUUGUAAGCACCUGUAAUGGAUGCGCCUGCACAUGCAGCUGCGUCUCAUUUUGGUUUCCUCUCUUUUUUUUUUUAUUAAUCAUUCCAUUCAUUUACAUCUCAUGAUACUCUUCUUCCUGGUUAGCCCUCCACAAGCCCCAUCCCAUCUGUCCUCUACCCCUACCCCUUUGCCUCUAGGACAGUGCUCCUCCACCCACCCACUCUCACCCAACUUCCACUCUUCUACUAGCAGUUUCCUUCCUUUCUUUCCGUUCAUCCAUGUUCUCCUUCCUUCCUUCCUUUGUUUAGUUUGGUUUUCAGGUAAGGUCUCACUGUAUAUUCCAGGCUGGCCUGGAGCUUACUCUAUAGAUAGCCAUGGUUGGUCUUGACCUCCCAGCAAUCGUCCUGCCUCAAACUCCCAAGUGCCAUUCAGGCACGAAUCACCCUGCCUGCCUUUUAAAGACAUUUUGAGAUAAAGAUCAUGUGUAAUGUUGUAAGCAUUCUAAUACACACACACACACACACACACACACACACACACACACACAAACAAGACAGGGUCUCAUAAUAUAGGUCUGUCUGUCCUGAAACUCACUAUGUAGACCAAGCUAGCCUCAAACUCACAGAUACCCUGCUACCUCUGUCUUCCCUUCCCUCCCAAGUGCUAGGGUUAAACACGUGUGGCAUUACUCCUAACACGUUUUUCCUACUAGCUAUAAUCAUGUCCCAGUAAAGUUCGUCGUCUUCAAUACUGUUGCUGCGAUACUGUCAUUGCACAAACUUAGUUUUCAAUUCAUUGAAUAGUAUAUACUGGGUCUUGAUAAUUAUUAUGCCUUAAUAUAGAAGCAAUCUGUUAAAAAAUUUGUUAAUUAAUUUGCAGUUGGUAAGUUGGCAUUGUUUUUGUUUCUGUAUGUCUUAACCUACUUCCUUCUCAUUUUCUCUUUAGGUUAGCAUUCAAUCCUCUUGUCUUAGCACUUAACCAUAGUCUUCUUUAUACAGCUGACUAGGGUGUGCGCGUGCGUGUGUGUGUGUGUGUGUGUGUGUGUGUUUUACUUUUUGUGAGGGAGAGAGGAUCUUAUGUAAUCAAAUUGUUCUUGAACUCACUAGUAACAGAGGCUGCCCUUGGACUCCUGACUCCACCUCCCAUGUGCAACUAAUUCCAACAUUCAUGUCUGUUUUAAACAUCUUAUAUCACCAUCGUAAAAUUUUCCAAGUCUGUCAUAAAGCAUGGACCAUUGCUUGCUAUCCGAUUAUGUUACAUUCUUGACUUCCAUAGUGCUGUUUCCCUCGGGAUUUUUCUUUUUAGGACAAAGCUUUCUUUGACAUGUGUUCUUCCUCACUUUUCUCCAUUUCCGGUUAGCCUGAGUGUACUGAUAGAGAGAAGCCGUAAAUUAUCUCAGCAUACUCUCUUGCAUGUCAAAUCUUUUUCUUUUCUGUUAUGUUUUCCCAGUAGGCAUAUACCCUGUUUUUUUUUUCACAAUUCUGUGCUUUUUGUAGAAUUAUACUUCUCUCCCAACCCCAGGUUCCCCCCCUUCUGUGUGUAUGUGUGUAAGUUUUAUUGCAUGACCAUAUAUGGGAGAGUCACACGUAGGCAAAGUACAACUUGGUGGAGUUGUCUUCUGUCUGACCUUUACUGUUACAUUGCUCGUCAGGAUUUAAGUCAAGCCACAGACUUUGUGGAAUAGGUGCCUGUACCUACCAAGCUCGCUCGCGUGCUCUCUCUCUCUCCCUGGUUUCUCUUGGUUGUUACUUAUCUUUCACUUUUAGCUCAUCUGCUAACUCACUCUUGGCAUUCUUGUACAUUCUGCAAUCAAUGUAUGUGCUGUAUUCAUUCAGAUACUGCUUUCUAAACCUAUGUAACCUAAAACCAGUAGAAUGGGAUUGAUCCCUGAGCAAGUGGUCUCCUUUUAUUUUUUUGAAGCAAGGUUCUUAAACUCACCUGGAAGUUGCCAUCUUCUUGCCCCAGACUCUUGAUUGCCAGGAUUACAGGAGUGUGUUUUUAGAUCCACCUAAAGUCUCCUCUUGGAAGCUUUACAGACAGGUGCUCCUAGACAGUGACAAAGUUUCACAUAUCUAGAAUGAGAUGAAUAAUUGAACUCACAAAUGUCUGCCAUUGUGAAAUAAGAUUAGACCUUUAAUUUUAUGUUUCAAUUGUAUCAAGUUAAGCAUUACCUCAGGGAAGGUAAGUUUCAUCAUUUUGUUUAUGCUGGCCAUGCUUCAGGAAUAUUAUAGACUUGAAGUCUAUACUGCAGUCUCACUUUAUUUUGUCCUAUUUUAUUUUAUUUUAUUUUUCAAGAUAGGGAUUCUCUAUAUCAACCACUACUGUCCUGGAAUUUGCUCUGUAGUCCGGACUUGUCUUGAACUCAUGGAGAACUGCCUGCCUCUGCCUCCAGAGUAUUGGGAAUAAAGGUGUGUGCACCACCUCUGCCCAGCCUGAAAUUUCUUACUGAUGGGAAGGACUCAUAUUCUCAAAGGCAACCCCAUUCAUCGUGUAGUGACUGCACUUGACUUUUAAAGCUCAUUUAUUUGUGGUGCUAUAAUGUUUUGGUUUUGAGGCAGCCAGAGGGCUCGUCAGGUAAAACCACUUGCUGCAAACCUGAUGCCCUGUUUUUUGUCUUUUUGGAGUCCAUGUGAUAACAGGAGAACAUUGGCUCCUGAAAGUUGUUCUCUGACCUCCACACAUGUACUAUGGCACAUACACUGACCUGAACACACACACACACACACACACACACACACACACACUUUAAAAUGCAAAAAAUAAGUAAAAUGUAUUAAGUAUAUACAUUGGCCUUAAUUCCACUGUAAAGGUACAUUGAAUUUGGAUUUCUUUCCCACAUGUCAACCUUCCUUUCUUUUGGGAUAGUCUUGUUUCUUCCAACUAUUCCUCAUAUUCUAUUGUCUUGAAUGUUCUUCUAAGGACAUGAAAAUUGUCAGUGUCUCUCCUAAAGUGUGUUUGGAAUUGGACGUAAUCUUCAUAAUGUAGCUGAAUUGGACAUGAGUGUUCCACAUCUGGACAGUAACGUAGUCUGAAGGCUGUGGGGUUUUUCUGCAGUCACGUAAUGUUGGCUGUAAUGAAUUUGCAAUUAACUAAAAUCCCAAUGUUUUUAAACUGGAAGUUCGCCUUUAUGUGACUUCAUUCUAAAUCACUUGUUCGUUUCCCUAGUUAUUUAAUACUUUUUGGGGGGGGGGUGGAGACAGGGUUUCUCUGUAGCCCUGGCUGUCCUGGAACUCACUUUGUAGACCAGGCUGGCUUUGAACUCAGAAAUCCGCCUGCCUCUGCCUCCCGAGUGCUGGGGUUAAAGGUGUGUGCCACCAUGUCCGGCUUUAAUACCUUUUUAAAAAAUAUAUAUAAACUUGAAUAUUUCUGUAGUAGGUUUCAUCUCACUAGCUUAUCAAGUAGCCUUUUUCUUCUUUGAAUAUUUUCUAUCAUUAUCCAGCUUAUGCUGAUUCAAUAAAGAACUUUGAACAUUAUUGUCAGAAUGUUUUCAAACAUCUGGAAAAAUGACACAAAAGUAUCUAAAAUUGUAUUCCAAAAAAAUUUCUCAGAGAUAGAUAAAAGUCAGCUCUUCAGAGAUAUGUGAAUACUAGUGAAAAUUGGCAAAGCCACACAACCCUGAAGGAUAUUGUCAUUUUUCAAGUGAGGCGUUUUUUAACAUUACUCAAAGGGAAUUGAUAUUCUAAGACAUACUGUGCUUAUAUAUAUAAUGCCCAAAGUUCUGUAUAAAUCUUCCCAAGAUCUCAAAAACAAGACAUCGUCACCAUUCUGGUCUUUUGUUUGUUUGCUUUUUUCAGACAGGGUCUCAUUAUGUGGCCCAGGCUGGUUGGUUUCUAAUCCAGUGUCCCAUGCCUCAGCUCCCUAAGUCCCUAAAUGUACUAUUAUAUAUAUAUAUAAAACACACAUACACACACACAUGAUCCAACAUUUUCAUAAGUCAUUUUAUUUUUAUUUCAUGUGCAUUAGUAUUUUGCCUGCAUGUAUGUCUGUUUGAGGGUGUUGGAUUCCCUGGAACUGGAGUUACAGACAACUGUGAACUGCCAUGUGGGUAAUAGGAAUUGAAUGAACCCAGGUCCUCUGAAAGAGCAGCCAAUACUCUUAACUGUUGAGCUAUCUCUCCAGCCCUUAAAAAUAUUUUUAAUUGACAGCAGUACUUAUAUAAGAGUAUGGGAUACAACAUGGUAUUUCACUACAUGGUAAAUAUAUGUUAAAUAAGAUCAAAGUAAUUUUCAUUGUCUUCUUCAGACUUGUUUAUAUUUUUGCAUUGAAAAUAUUCAAAACUUGUCUGUUAACUAUUUUAAAGUAGUCAGUUAAUUCUUGUCAAUCAUAGUUUUCCUAGUUUACUACAUACCAUUUAGUAAUGAGGGCCAGGUCAGUGGCUCAAUGGCUAAAGCAUAUACUAUGCAAGCAUAUACUAUGCAAGCAUAUACUAUGCAAGCAUAUAGAGGACCCGAGUUUUCAUUCUUAGGACCCAAGGAAAUGGUGGUUGGGCAUGGUGGUGUACCCCUAAAUCCAGUAGGAGACAGGAUCUCCAGAGCAAGCUGUCUAGCUGACUAGACAUGUCAGUGAGAUCUAGGUUUUAUUUAGAGAUCUUGUCUCCACGAGUAAGAUGCACCGAAAAUUUGGGGUGAUUUCCAACAUCAACCUUGGACUUCCACAUGCACAGGCCUGCUCCUAUACAUAUUUAACACACACACACACACACACACACACACACACACACACACGGGGAAAAAAAAGUUCUGUAUCGUGCAGGGCUUAGUGGUACAUGCAUGUAAUCCCAGGAGUGUGGAGGUUUAGGCAGUAAAUAUGAGGCCAGCCUGGGUUACACAGUGAACUCAAAACAAAGGAGAACACUGUAAGUUACUUCUGUUCAGCUAGAGCACCCUUAUUUAUGCCCAUUGACCGUCCUAGUUCCAUUCAGUCUCCCUUCAUCCAGGUUCCCUUAACUGCUGUGCUGUGAGGUUAACCUUUUAGCUUCCACAUAUAUACCUAACACGUUCCCUUUCACAUAAUGUCAUUCAUUUCUAUUUGUGUUGCUGCCAGUGGCAGAAUUCUAAUCUUUUUAAGGCUAAAUAUUAUAUUAUGUGAAUAUACUACUUUUUUUGUCCAUUCAGCAACAGUCAGCUAAAGCUGAUUACACAUACACACAGUACUAUAACAAAUGUGCACAUGCAGGUGUCUCUUCAACAUACUGCUUUCCUUAGCCUGGAUGUAUGCCCAGUGGUGAGACUGCUGGAUCCUGUUUUAGAGCUGCCUUUGCUUUGUUUUGACGUUGUGUAUCGUAGGCUGGCCUAAAACCUUGUUAUGGAGCUGAGAAUGAGCUUGCCAUUCUGAUCCUCUCACUUCUACCUCCUGAGUUCUGAGAUUAUAGAUGUACUGCCACACCCAGUUUUUGUAGUGCUGAGGAUUAAACCCAGGCCUUGAGCAUCUAAAAAGGUGGACAAGUCCUAUUUUCCAGAGAAGAUGACUUUUAACAGUUUUGAAGGAACUAGAACUUUUGUACUUGCAGACACCAAUAAGGAUGAAGAAUUUGUAGAAGAGUUUAAUAGAUUAAAAACAUUUGCUAACUUCCCAAGUAGUAGUCCUGUUUCAGCAUCAACAUUGGCGCGAGCUGGGUUUCUUUAUACCGGUGAAGGAGACACCGUGCAAUGUUUCAGUUGUCAUGCGGCAAUAGAUAGAUGGCAGUAUGGAGACUCAGCUGUUGGAAGACACAGGAGAAUAUCCCCAAAUUGCAGAUUUAUCAAUGGUUUUUAUUUUGAAAAUGGUGCUGCACAGUCUACAAAUCCUGGUAUCCAAAAUGGCCAGUACAAAUCUGAAAACUGUGUGGGAAAUAGAAAUCCUUUUGCCCCUGACAGGCCACCUGAGACUCAUGCUGAUUAUCUCUUGAGAACUGGACAGGUUGUAGAUAUUUCAGACACCAUAUACCCGAGGAACCCUGCCAUGUGUAGUGAAGAAGCCAGAUUGAAGUCAUUUCAGAACUGGCCGGACUAUGCUCAUUUAACCCCCAGAGAGUUAGCUAGUGCUGGCCUCUACUACACAGGGGCUGAUGAUCAAGUGCAAUGCUUUUGUUGUGGGGGAAAACUGAAAAAUUGGGAACCCUGUGAUCGUGCCUGGUCAGAACACAGGAGACACUUUCCCAAUUGCUUUUUUGUUUUGGGCCGGAACGUUAAUGUUCGAAGUGAAUCUGGUGUGAGUUCUGAUAGGAAUUUCCCAAAUUCAACAAACUCUCCAAGAAAUCCAGCCAUGGCAGAAUAUGAAGCACGGAUCGUUACUUUUGGAACAUGGACAUCCUCAGUUAACAAGGAGCAGCUUGCAAGAGCUGGAUUUUAUGCUUUAGGUGAAGGCGAUAAAGUGAAGUGCUUUCACUGUGGAGGAGGGCUCACGGAUUGGAAGCCAAGUGAAGACCCUUGGGAACAGCAUGCGAAGUGGUACCCAGGGUGCAAAUACCUAUUGGAUGAGAAGGGGCAAGAAUAUAUAAAUAAUAUUCAUUUAACCCAUUCACUUGAGGAAUCUUUGGGAAGAACUGCUGAAAAAACACCAUCGCUAACUAAAAAAAUCGAUGAUACCAUCUUCCAGAAUCCUAUGGUGCAAGAAGCUAUACGAAUGGGAUUUAGCUUCAAGGACAUUAAGAAAACAAUGGAAGAAAAAAUCCAAACAUCCGGGAGCAGCUAUCUAUCACUUGAGGUCCUGAUUGCAGAUCUUGUGAGUGCUCAGAAAGAUAAUACGGAGGAUGAGUCAAGUCAAACUUCAUUGCAGAAAGACAUUAGUACUGAAGAGCAGCUAAGGCGCCUACAAGAGGAGAAGCUUUGCAAAAUCUGUAUGGAUAGAAAUAUUGCUAUCGUUUUUGUUCCUUGUGGACAUCUGGUCACUUGUAAACAGUGUGCAGAAGCAGUUGACAAAUGUCCCAUGUGCUACACCGUCAUUACGUUCAAGCAAAAAAUUUUUAUGUCUUAGUGGGGCACCACAUGUUAUGUUCUUCUUGCUCUAAUUGAAUGUGUGAUGGGAGCGAACUUUAAGUAAUCUGCAUUGCAUUCCAUUAGCAUCUGCUGUUUCCAAAUGGAGACCAAUGCUAACAGCACUGUUUCCGUCUAAACAUUCAAUUUCUGGAUCUUUCGAGUUAUCAGCUGUAUCAUUUAGCCAGUGUUUUACUCGAUUGAAACCUUAGACAGAGAAGCAUUUUAUAGCUUUUCACAUGUAUAUUGGUAGUACACUGACUUGAUUUCUAUAUGUAAGUGAAUUCAUCACCUGCAUGUUUCAUGCCUUUUGCAUAAGCUUAACAAAUGGAGUGUUCUGUAUAAGCAUGGAGAUGUGAUGGAAUCUGCCCAAUGACUUUAAUUGGCUUAUUGUAAACACGGAAAGAACUGCCCCACGCUGCUGGGAGGAUAAAGAUUGUUUUAGAUGCUCACUUCUGUGUUUUAGGAUUCUGCCCAUUUACUUGGAAUUUAUUGGAGUUAUAAAUGUACUUAUAUGAGUAUUUUUAAGUGAUUUCGUCAUCUCCUAAAAGAUAUUGAAUGGUAGACUACCAUCUAACCAGCAUGUACUGACAUGGAAAGGCAACACAGAUAUAGUUAAGUGUAAAAUACAAAUGGCAAAACACUGUAUCUAGUUGGAGCCAAAUCAGCUUGUGUGUAUUUUGUAUCUGUACAGGACAAAAAGGUUUGAAAAUAUAAGUAUCACACUCUUAAAUGUAUUUUUUCUUCAGGGGGUGGGGGGUGGGUCUUAGAGGGGCUUAUAGAGCCCUUCACUUUAUUUUUUCAUUUUUUUCUGUUUAAAGGUUUUAUAAGUAUGUAUUACUUUUAUAAUCAGAGUUCUUAGUAAAUAUGUUGCUGAUUUAAAGGCUUAGGCAUGUUCAAACGUCUGCAAAACUACUUAUCGCUCAGUUUUAGUUUUUCUAAUCCAGGAAGGCAGGCCAGUUAACUUUUCUGGUGCCAAUGUGAACUUUAAAUGUUUUUAUUUUACCUGCUUUGUGGAUGAAAAAUAUUUCUGAGUGGUAGUUUUCUGACAGGUAGAUCAUGUCUUUUUAUCUUGUUUCAAAAUAACUAUUUCUGAUUUUGUAAAAUGAAAUAUAAAAUAUGUCUCAGAUCUUCCAAUUAAUUAGUAAGGAUUCACCCUUAAUCCUUGCUAGUUGAAGCCUGCCUAAGUCACUUUACUAAAAGAUCUUUGUUAACCCAGUAUUGUAACCAUCUGUCCGCUUACGUAGGUAAAUGUAGACGCCUGGUGUAUAUGGCUUGUAGUUUUAGUGUUGGCUCUCCGUGUUGAGAUUCUUUCUCAGUGUCAUUCUGUGUCCUACAAGUUUCAUGUAGGUUUCGAUGUUAGGAUGGUUAAGAUGUAUAUAGUACAAAAUGUUCAGUCUUUGAUUGUUUUAUGUUUGUUUGUUUUCAUGACUAGUAAUGGUAGUGGAUACUUUAAAAAUAUUUUCUGAAGAUCCUUAAAACCUUGGAAAUUGUAACAUACUGAGAAGAGUGGUUGUUUGAAUAUUUUUAACAACUUGUAUAAGUCAAUAUGAAUACAAUCAAAAGCUAAAGUGCUUCAUAGAACACGGGAUUUACCUUAAGUAAUUAUCAUGAGAGACCUCUUGUAAAGACUGGUCUAUUUUACUACAGAGAACAGUUUGAGAGUGAAACUGUUACAAUUUAGACUUUUUGUUGUAUUUUCUAAGAGAAAGAGUAUUGUUAGGUUCUCCUAACCUCUGUUGACUACUAUGGUAAGUGAUGUUAUUUUAAUUGCAAAUUUAAAUAGAAACCAACAGAAUUAAGUAACUGACUGUCUCUCUCUCUCUCUCUCUCUCUGUCUUCUUCAUGAAAAUCCUUAGUUCUGUAUACUGCCUUCUGCUUAGAUUUAGUUAUAUGAUCAUUAGGUUACAUUUGAUCUAAGUUGACUAAGAUUUCAAUUUCAAUUUAUAUUUCAAGCAUUCUGCCAGGGAAUAGUUUUAAAAAUUGUUUCCAAGGCACUUCAGGUACAAGUCAUAUAGGUAGUUUGUUUAAUCUAGUCCUUAGCCUAGGACUCAAGGACUGAAUGUUUUCAAAUAACACUUUUCUUGUUCUCAGAGCCUCAGUUCAUUAAAACUCUUUUAAAACCUGUGUGCUGAGAGUUAAGCAAGACCUCUUUUCUUGUCUUCAUGAGUUGCGAAAUUGAAUUCAUGGAGCUGAUGUGGCUAACAAGUUUAUUUUAGGAAUUGUUUAGAAAAUGCUGUUGCUUCGGGUUCUUAAAAUCACAGCACUCCAACUCUAAUCAAAUUAUUGGAGACUUAGCAGAGCUGGUCUGAAAUCACACUAAAAAAAAAAAGGUACUGGAUCCUUUCCAGUAUGGUUGUGUAAAAAAUGGUCACUCGGAAGGUCACAGAAUAACCGGCUCUGAAUCACCACCCCUGAGAGAGUUCAGUGUCUGCGUGCUGAUGGUCUUUUGCUGUAUAAAGUUCAUUCUAGAAUUUUGAAGUAACCACCCGUUUUACUACAUAUUAGUCAUGUGAAUUUUGAAGUUAUUUUGUAAUAGUUACUUUCAUUUGUUAUUUACUGUGUUGAUCAAGAUGUGUGUGAGUGUUUAGCAUUUAUUAAAGUAUUGUCUUUCCUCCUAGACUUUUGCCUCUUCCUGUAGUUAGGGGUAGAGGUGAGGUGAGUGGAGUGACUACAAUGUGAUUCGCUGGGGUAGGACAGUUUGUUGUCUUGUUAGUCACAGUGUGUUGCUCUGUUUUUUAUUUUAGUAAGAUUUAUAUUUUGAGCUCUCUGAAUGGAAAGUGCCACUGCAACCUUAGCUGCAUGCAUUGUUCCCAUUAGACCUAAGUCUUCCUGGACUUCUGAGUCCCCAGAUACUGGAUAAAGGAAGAGGAGAGAUGGAGUAGCCUGUCUGUCACUGCUAUGAGAGAAGCAAGAAAGUGGGUAGAGAAAUACUUCACAUUUUAGUCACAUCUUCUCUUUUUAAAAAGGUAGCCAUCAGUGAAGGAAAGAACUAGUCAAAAAUAGGCUUGACAACCUGAAUUCAGAUCCCCAGAACGGGCAUAAAAGCAGCCAGGUCAUGGUUAGUGCACUCCUUUAAUCCCAGCAUUUGGGAGGCAGGGGUAGACAUAUCUGGGUUUGAAGCCAGCCUGAUCUACAGAGUGAGUUCCAGGACAGGGAACCCUGUCUUAUUCAUAAAAGAAAACAAAACAAACAAAAAGCUGAGCGCACUAGCCCAAGCACCUGUAAUCCCAGAAUGCCUACAUGAAACAGGAAGUAGCUAGGAGAAUGCCCCAAAGCUCAUGGUCAGUUAAUGGCUUAUGUAUUAAUGAAGAGGCACCAUGGUAAACAAAGUGGGAAGGUGAGAGCCCACCAACAUCCACAAGUUAUCUGCUGCCUCCACACAUGUAACAUGGCAGGUAACCACUUACACCCAGACACAUACACAAAAGAGAGAAGACCAAGAGUGUUAACACAAGAACAUCUUAUAUACUCUUAAGUGUUAACUCUCAUCCUACAACUUAGAAUCCUCCAUGGCUUUGUCUUGAUGGAAGAUCUUAGACUAAAGCUUAAAAGAGGCCCAGAACUAUUACUCAGUUAAGAGUACUUGCUGCUUUUUCAGAGGACUUAGGUUCAGUUCCCAGCACCCACAUGGACAAAGACACAUGUAGCUCUGGUGCCCUCUUUUGGCCUUCAGGGGUGCAUGCAUGUGUGUAUACAUACACAGUCAUACACAAGUACACAUAAAAUAAAAGUAAUCUUUAAAGCUUAAAUGAAACUCUUUAUGUUAACUUUUACUCACUAUUAUUUGUUUCUCUGGAUGCUUCUUGUAACAAAGCUAUAAAUUGUAAUAAAUAGUUCAACCCUUUAAAAAUAUUUAAAUUACCUUUUCAAAAAUUAGAGAAAGUAUUCUUACUAAAUUCAGUCGAAUUUUUUCCAAUAGAAACAGUCAACUUAUUACCAUCUUAAUAUUUUAGUUUGGCUCUGAAACAUUUAGUGCAAUGUAGAUUUCUUCCUUAUAUAAUAAAAUCACUGACUAUCAGAGCUAGAAAUGACCUUAGAAAGUCACUUAUUCACACUACCACCACCACCUUCAUUUUAUUGUUGAGGCAACUUAAAGGAAAGGUGAUUGGCCCGAAGCUAUAUAGCUGAUUAGUGAUAGAUUCCUUACUGGAAGUCUCAGGUGUUUGUCAACUCUUCAUUCUAUUACACUCUUAUCAGGGCACAGUAAGUGGUGCUUUGUAGUUUCUACAGUAAGACGGUUGCUGAUACUUUCAAAUUAAACAAUAUGACAGUAAUGCUUGAGUGGUAAAGUUCUCUUUUGGAGGCUGAAAUUUGCAGAUGUGAGUACAGCUGUUUGGCAUUUACUAUGUGCUUAUGUAUUAUUAAUGAGCAUUUAAGAUUACUCUGUAAGUAUAUUUUAUCACUGUCUAUACUUACCAACAAAUUUGCAUUUUGAUGUAAUAAUGGCUUUCGUGUAAUUUCUGUUUUGGCAUUUUUGUUAUACUUUACCUGAAAAAAAAAAA